AUGUCAAAGUUGGCUCUGUUUUCAUUGGCAGUUGUGUUGUUCAUGGCCUGGGAGGCCGAGGCUUGCGGAAAUCUUUUCGGAGGCGGCGGCGGAGGCUGCUGCGCCCCGCCACCGCCCGCAUGCGGUUGUGGACGAAAGAAGAGAGAGAUUGUAGGUCAUUUUACCCCACUACUCCCAUGCCAUCACCUCUAAACACAAUUUUUUUAUCAACUAUCUUAUUCUUCAGCAGGGCCCUCAAAACGAGUUGAUUGCCCCCUCAAUCCACAACGAGGAAAAGAAUCCCUGCCCUCAAACCGAGUGGCUUCCCUAUCUGGAGCAGAACAUGGAGGCUGACCCCACCUCGAACGCCUAUGCUAUCCAAGGAACGCUGUACAAGCGAUUUGGCGCAAAGUUCAAUGUAAUUUGCCUUCCCAAAGGCGACCAUUCCUUUGUCGCCAACGGCGAUGGCUAUUGCACUCAUGGAAAUGACAAAAACUGGUGCCAGGCCACUGCACUUCUCGCCUAA